AUGGCGAUUUCUGGUGCGCUUCACUUCUUCAUCUUCACCUUGUUCCUUUGCUUUUCAACUUCCAUUUUCACCUCAGCCUCUCCUCACCAAGAUUCUUCUCAACUCGCCACCCAAAUCUGCAAAAACACCACCAAUGUCUCCUUUUGCAUGUCCGCGAUUUUCUCCGAUCCCCUGGCCUCCUCCGCCGACCGCUAUGUCCUCUCCUACAUAGUGUUCGGCCAAGCCUACAAAAACGCUACCAGUACAAAAAAUUUCAUUGGCUUAUCACUGAAAUCCAUGAAGUCAGAUGAAAAUCGGAGGGUAUUAUCCGGUAUGCAGAAAUGCCAGGGUUUUUACGAGGACGCGAUUCGGGCCUUGUCCGAAGUUAUGAACAAUUUAGAUUCUGAGACUUUCUAUGGAUUGGAUAAGGCGGCGAUUGAUGUUGAAUCUUCAAUUCGGGCUUGUGAGGCGAGUUUUUCGGGCCAAUCCCCAAUGUCUCAGAAGAAUCAAAAUUUGGUGGAACUUUUGAAAAUAUGUUUUGCUGUAUCUCAACUUUAUCAAUAUAAUUAA